GUUUUUAAAGUUUAAAAAUGUAUUUCAAAGAUUUCAAUGAUAUUUUGUAACUUUCCUAAUUUACAUAUAUUACUUUUACAAUUUAAUAUAAUCGCACUAAACGUAAAAACAUAAUCGUGACUCUUUUGUAGAAUGAUAUGAAAUAUUACAUCAAAAUAAAAUUUUACUAAACAAACCAUGUCUGAUCCGACUAUACAAACAUUUUGUUGUCACCAUUCCGGCCGUAAAGAAGACAUGGCUGUAAGAAUUAUGGGUGAAUUCAAUACAGACUCUUAUAACAUUGUAUGUCUUGUAUCAUCUACUAUUGGCAUUUUAGGUUCUUUGUAUCAGAUACUCCCAUAUAUAAUUGCCGAAGGGUCACAAAGUUGGCAAAUAGCUGCAUCUACCAGAGGGCGACGUAUCAUUAUCUGGCUGGCUGUGGCAGAUCUAUUGGCUUCUUUAGGAGUUCUGCUUCGUUCUUCUUUAUGGUUGAAAUUUAAAAACAUAAUGCCAAUGCCUGAAGAUGACAUGAGUGUGUUGUUUUGCAGCAUAAUUUCAGCAUGGACACAGUAUUUCUAUACAGCAUCUUGGUUUUGGACAUUGUUCUAUGCUAUAGACACUUGGCGCACGAUAAAAGGCUAUGAUUCUCAUUCAGUCUUAUAUCACUCAAUAGCCUGGGGUGUACCUGUUGCUACUACGAGUAUAGGAUUAUCUAUCCUUUACAUACCAAAUGCGACUUGCCACAACCUGGAUUCAGUUUCAAGUGCCCUUUAUAAAAUAUUACCUAACUACUGUGCAACAUAUUUGCCUAUUGCAAUGGUUAUGAUAGUUAACCCGGUUAUGUAUCUACUGGCAAGUAAGGAUGUGGAAAUGGCGGUUGCACUACCUUUAGCCCAGUUCACAAGUAAAGAAAGAAGAGUUGUGGAUGCAUUAAGACUGAAAUUCUUACUCAUUAAUGUUGUUUUUUAUAUAUGUUGGCUACCAAAUCUUAUUAAUGGAAUACUUCUGUGGACGAUGUGGUUUAAUAUGCCUGUAAACGUUAUCAUAUCUAUAUGGUACAUUAUGGCUUUAAUGAAUCCAAUGCAAGCCCUUUUGAAUGCACUUGUUUACCGAAAAUGGAGCUUUUAUAGCCGUAGUCUUGUUCAGAAUGUGUUUGGUCAGCCCAUCAAAGAGUUUAAUUUUUACGACGAGCAGUCUCCUCUACUAGGUUCCGAACCACCUAGAUUACAACUGUCUCCAGUUCCACCUAGUAUUAAUAAUUACGCCACAAUGUGAUUCCCUAUAG